AUGAGCACUCUAGAACAGUCCUCAGAUGGAAAUCCCAACGACACAAGCGGCUUUUCGAACGUCCUGGGUAUCAUAUUGGGAGGAGUCAUACCAGGCUGCGCCAUCCUGACAGUGAUACUGAUCUUCCUGGUCUGGUGCACCAGUGGCUGUCUCGAGCCUGCGCGGCCCACUGGCGAGAAUGACAAUGACGAGGUUCUGCCGGAAUGUCCCAAAUACUCAGGGGCUCCACGGAGGGAACAAGGCCACGAACCUCCUGCGUACGAAGCAGGGCCAAGUCGUUCGGGGCUGACAACGGACUGUUGGGCGGAUGAUCGUACGAUUUGCUCUGGAGAGAGCAACUGCUCACCCUCUCAGGACCGCGCGGACUCGAGACACCCGACCACCUUGGACCCCUCUGUAAGCUCGGACACGACUUGCCUCAAUUCGAAGGCCUCUUCAAUACGGGAUGCGUCGGGUUCUGAAGCCGGUUCUGUGGAGGUGAAUGGCACGUCAGGAAGGACCCCAGCUACUGCUACUACAUAG